UGGCUGCGCCGGGAAGCCGGCUGCGCUCUCAUUGGCUCCCGGCAUCGGCCGUUGGGCCGCCGGGCCGGCUGGCAGUGCGGUCGCCGGGGGUGGCGGAGGGACGGGCCGCAGCGGGGGCCUUCCCGCCGGAGGGGAGCCGAUGGAUGGCCUGCCCGGCCCGGCCCCGCUGGCGGCGCGGCUGCGGGACACCCUGGUGCAGUACCACGGCAUCGCGGACCGCGCCUGGCGGCUGGCGAAGAAAACGAAAGAUGCAACUGUGUGGCGUAAACCAUCAGAGGAAUUCAGUGGAUAUCUCUACAAAGCUCAAGGAGUUGUGGAAGAUGUUACUAACAGAAUAGUGGAUCAUAUUCGCCCUGGACCUUAUAGACUAGACUGGGACAGCUUAAUGACUACAAUGGACAUCAUAGAAACAUUUGAAGAGAACUGCUGUGUGAUGCGCUACACCACUGCUGGCCAGCUCUGGAACAUCAUAGCACCAAGGGAAUUUGUUGAUUUCUCUUACACUACAAGCUAUGAAGAUGGGCUUCUAACGUGCGGUAUAAGCCUAGACUAUGGAGAAGUGAGACCUAACUUUGUCCGUGGAUUCAAUCACCCUUGCGGUUGGUUCUGCGUCCCUCUUAAGGACUAUCCUAGCCACAGUCUUUUGACAGGCUAUAUUCAGACUGAACUGCGAGGGAUGCUACCACAAUCUGCAGUAGACACUGCCAUGUCUAGUACCCUAGCCAAUUUCUACUCUGACCUCAAAAAAGCACUGAAAACAUAGGCAAACAGUGACUUAAAAGCCCGUGCAUUUCUUGCAAUCAAAUUAUAUUGUUUAGCUUAGCAUAGGUUAGCUACUGAGUUAAGAGGUGAGUAAUAUUGUUCCUGAAUGAUACCUGAACCUUUAUGUUGAGGGAUCCAACUUUACCAAGUACUUUUUGAUGUGAUACUUAGCAUACAUUCCUAAUGCAUGGUGCAAGGUUCUGUUUCCUGCUCAGCACUCUGCAGCUGUGUGAAGAGUAGUCUGAAUCUAUAAACCCCUGGCUUCCUAGUUAGAAAACACAAGAUGUGUGUUUGGGCUUGAAAAAUGUAGCAUGAACUCACCUCUUACCGAGUAUUGAGAGUGGAGUGCUCAGGAUUUUGCUGGUGCAGGUCACUGUACAGGCAGCAUCUGAUUGAAGAUGUAAUUUUGUAAUAUAUAUUUUUAUAUUUACUGAAAAUUUUUGAUUUAUUUAGGUUGUGCAGGUGCAUCUGUAACUUGUUUUAAAAAAUUGUUUUAUCAUAGGGAUAUUACAUAGCUAAGUUGUUAAAUGAUACUACUCAUAAGAAAGCUAUUCGCUCUUGUUAGCAAAAAUAAGUAUUCAUUAUUGGCAUUUCUUCAGUGUUGUAACUGUAAUUUAAUUAACUGUUGUAUAUAACAGUGUAUAGAUAAAGAAAUGCCCUUACAGCAGAUCCAAAGCUCAUUUAAGUCAUCAGCUGUCUUUCCAUAGUUUUUAGUGUGCUUUUAUUCACACAGUUGUCAAAAUACCAAACCUCCAAUGGAUCAUCUACGAUACUUUGCACUUCUAAAUAAUUUUGUACUUAACUUUGCAUGUAAUUGUGUGGGGGGGUAUUUUUGUGUUUGGUUUUGGAUUUGUUUUUUUGGAUUUUUUGGUCUUCCUUAACUGAAAAUCCUGGAAUUACUAAAGCAACAGAAAGGACCACUAGCUUGCUUCAGGUAUAGGCAUUGGUGUAGGUGCAACAGCACACCUAUAAUACCCCUAGAUUGAUCUUUGCAAUAAAUGAAAUUAGCAUUCUUAAAACAUAAGCGACUGAAGGCCAAAGCUUAAGCUUUGCCGAAUUGCUCAGCUCUGCUGGUGGAUGGAGGGUCACAUUUUUGAGGACAUUUAGCUACCCAGUGAUGCUGACAGAUGCAUAGCAAGGGCUUUCAAAAGAUUACUGUCUGUGCAGCUAGGGACCUGAAUUCUCUUUAAAACCUGUCAUUAAACUUUUGAUGUUGGGAUGCACCAUUUUCACAGGUGAGAUUACCUAUGCAUUACCAGUGCUAGUGGCGGCAAGUUUAGCUGUGUGAUAGGGAAAGCCCUAAUGUUUUGGGGCUGGUUUCAUGCGUACAAUCCAAGGACUGGUAACUCUCAGGAAGAAAAUAUUUGCCUCUUUUGACACUGGCCACUGUAGCUGAACUCUGAACAGUGAGGACUUUCCUUAUUGCUCAAGAAAAGAGUGAGAAAAAACAUGACACCAAAUAUAGUGAGGGCUUUUCCAAUAUGUUUCCUGUAUUAAGGCAUUUAGUAGUUUAAGACAGUUAGAGGCAGUGGCAUCCAACAGCUUUUGGUGCCUUCACAGGCAGAAAAUGUCAACUCCCUGUUGGGUUUUGUGUGUUCUGUGGUUCCCUUUAAACUCCUUGUUUACUCUUCCCAUAUUUUCUACCUUCCUUGUUUCCCCAGCAGUAAUGCGAGUUCACAAGGUGAUCUUUCAUCACCAAGGACACUAAGGAGUCGGUGUCAGCAGACACACUUUUUCCUAAAUGCUAGGGUCCACUCUUUUCUAGUACUGGCACAGAGGCAAGCAUGAAAUCCCUAGCAGUACUGCUCUGUGGGAUGAAUGCUGACAUGAUUAUAGAGAAAGCUGUGUGAAGUGUACCCUAUUUAUUCUUCCCAGUUAUAAAGAUUACAUGUAUAGUGAAUCUGCAUAUUUAUGUCUUCUUUUUUUAAAACUGCUGGGACUGACUAAUUGAGGGGUUGUGGUACAGAUGUACAUAGAGAAGAAUAUUCCAUUGUUCUGUAAAAAGCCCAGUUUAAAUCCAUACAGAGGCACUUCAGAGCUGGAGAAACGGAUUAAAAGGAGCACAAGACACUUAUAGGAUGAUGUUUGUACAACACUAGGCACUGCAGAAAAGAUUUAAGAGGUCCCUGUUCCAAAUGCCCAUUAUAAGGGCUCUAACAGCUCUAGAGUACUUAUCUUUAUUUAGUGUUCAGUGACAUGGCUUUUUGUGCUUUCAGUGAAGAUAGGCUGUUUCUGUUACUAAGCCUGCAUAAAGGCAGGAGAGUUCGGUAGCAUUUGACUUCAGAGCAAAGAGUUGCAUUGCUCUUCUGUUGCUGAGGAAAUGAACUGUGACCUCUGAGGUAUGGUACACUCUUGUAGGCCAUGUAUCUUGUCACCCUCUGUGAAGUGGGAUAGGAAUAGGUACAGAGGUCACUUUGGAUCUGGAAAAUUAUUACAGACAUUAAUUAGAAUUAAUAGAAAAAACAGUGAUGUUUAAACCCAUUUCCUGGUGAAAGAGUAUGAAGGUGGGAGAUACGAUAAUAAAUCUAUGCUAAAUAUUAAAUGCUUUACAGGAAAGAAUAUAUCCUAAGUCCUAGAUCACAAUAUAAACUUCAUAAUACAUUCAUUCUGCCUUUCCCAGUUCUCACUGAGUUGUGCUGGUGACUUAAGUUUUUUACAGUAUGGGUAGGGAGUGAUUAUGCUAGGGUUACCUUCCUAACAAACAUAGGUGAUAACAGCACAUGACGGGAGAUACCUGUGUGCAUUUCACAGCUGACCCACACAAUAAGAGAUGUCAUAUCUGGAUUAAGGUGUCCCAAAUGCAUUAUCCAGAACUGUCUCUUCCGAAGUGAUUUUCUUUAAAAUUUCUCUUUCAAUGUGUCAAGUGAGUAUGACUACCUAGCGAUCCUCAGAAAUGUUUUUUUGAUACAGGCAGCAUAGAUGAAGUUAUUAGAAGAUUGAUUGCUGUAGUCAGAAACUGACCUUGCUCCAGCCAUCUGGGGACAAGUUUGGCUGUGCCCUGGGAUGCCUGAUAGAAAGCAUUUUCUGAGCUCUGUACCUGGGCCUGCUGACCUGCCUGCUAGCACAGACCCAGCUCUGAGGCAGGUUAUGACACUGCAGAGUAAAUUACUACCCUAAGUAAUGCUCCCUGACUUCUUCAGGGUGUCAGUCUGAGUGCUGCGGUCAGUUUGGGUUCCAAUCAGACAGCAUUACAGCUAGCGUGUGGUGUUACGAAUUCAAGCGCCAAGAUUCACUGGGGAUGCAGGGCAGCACUCGGUGGGGUACAUCUGAGCAGUUGCAAACAUGAGUACUUAACUGUUAUUUGGGUAGCAUGCGACCCGUCCUUGUCUGUAUGCCUAACAGGAUUUUGAGCUCCUCACAGCUGGGAGGAAGGAGGAAAGAAAUCACAGCAUGCCUGUUCACUGAAGCAUGAGGAAUGCCCCCACAAACCGGCAUCUCUUAUGCAUACAGUAUGAAGCAUGGAGACCCUAUGUGCAUAGCCAUCUGUGGAAUUUCAUGGUCUCCCUGUCUCAACCAAUCAGGCUAUUUUAAAAGCUACAAUUAAAACAUUAACAUCUGUACAGAAACACAGCCCAUUAGAGGUGAGAUGCUGAAAGUUUCCCAAGACCUGCAGGUGUAGUAAUCUUCACCAGAAGACCGUUGUACACCAGGGAGUUAGUGAUGCACACAGCAGUUAACCUGAGCUGGCCCAGGCCUGUGCUGCACUGUGCAUGUUCCCUGGCGGCAGGGUGAACUUACUCAGAGGAGGCUGCAAGCAGCUGCCACACAGUACCAGCAGGUACAGCCCCUGUAUGGCCUUCCCUGUGUCUGACAGUGCAGCAGGUUCAGGAUAUCCUUACCGCUGCAUAGUAGUAAUGAUAAGUAGUUCGAUGAAUGAAAUGAUGAAUGUUUUAAGAAAAACUUGCAAUAGCUUGAAUAACAAAAAAUGGGAUAACCCUUCCACAGGUAGGAUCUGCACAGCAUGCUGUGCCAGAGACCUGCUUGAUGGCUCACAAGUCGGGGUUCCCAGCAUUUGAAGGGAUGCAAAGUUAUACUACUGUCUCUUUAUUGUGUUAGCUCAAAUAAAUAGCACUUUAAGUGAUGUUGUAUGGAGGCUGGUCGCCUUCUACUGGGAUUAUAAGGAAUCACCGCUUCCUAGUGCAAAGCAGAGGUAAGAUGAAGAAUCAAGUUGUGUAUAUGCUCUACAGAGGCAAAACACCUUUCAGUUCUGCCUCUGUGCCACCCAGCCUGUACCAUGGAAACUGAACAUUUGUGGAAGAGAACUUGAGGAAGCUUGAUGCCCAGCACAUGUUCUACCUGCUGCAUGCCUUUUGCCUGCAGAAGUGGAAGUAUAAUAAAAAAAAUGGAGGAAGAUGCCUUUCAUGUAUUAUUUUUUUAAAAUGUCAAACAAAUAAAAGUAUUGAGAAUUCACAA